AUGUCGAUGCGAUGUAUCAGCGUAGACGCAGCAUUCUACCAGGUUGGUGUGGAGAGUGCAAAUAUCAACAGGGACAAACUUGCAGAUAUCACCGCCUUCAUUGUCUACCAUCUUCUUGAAGGGUCGACAAUGAAGGAGACAUGUCGUCUGCUCCCGUCAAAGCAGACCAUCCUCGACGACCUCUUUGUUCGUAUCGACGCCUCCAACAACACCAUCAUGGACACAGAGUUGAGUGCAUUGCUCGUCAAGCUGAACUUGGAGGGUGAGCGAACCGACCACUCAGGGCACAGGAGAAGCGCGGGGAGUGACGUCGUCGAUGCAGAUGCAGACAGUGUUGUCCAUGGGCUGACACAGGCUGGUGAAGGUCACAGCCAUACAACAAUCCUGAUGGCAGGGUCAUGCGUCUCCACACCCAACACCACACAUGGACCCACGACCACCAUGACAGAACGUUACGGGUACGGCUCCUUGGCUACUCUGAUCAUCUGCUUAUGCGCCGUACUGGGCGCCAUCCUCUUCCCCCUCCCAAAGGGCACCUGUCACGAGGCGUUCAUGUCCGUCUUCCUUGGCCUUGCUGUCGGCACGCUGUUCACUGACGCCAUCUUGCAUCUCAUACCUCAGGCUUUCGGCCUUCACGACCACGAAGAUGAGCAUGCGCACAACCAGUCUUCCGGUACCUAUGGCUUCUAUCUGAUCGAGUCUUUCAUGGUAAUCCUUGGAUCCGGACACACGCAUUCUCACAAUCACUCUUCUGUGGAACUGAACCAAAUUGCUGUUGACCAUAAAAAAGAAACAAAAGGAAUUAUCGGAAAAGAGAGCCCACGGGAGUCGCCUUCUUUUUCAACGCUUGCCUUAAUGGUGAUAAUCGGGGACGGCAUUCACAACUUCGCCGACGGUCUGGUGGUUGGCGCCGCCUUCAGUCUCAGCGUCACAAGCGGCAUCACCACCAGCAUCGCCGUCUUCUGCCAUGAACUGCCGCAUGAACUGGGUAAGUAAG